AUGGCGGGAAACAUCAAUAUGGAUGCAGAGGUGCGCCUCACGAUCAAUGGCCGACUGUACACGGUAAAUGCCAGCACCGUACCGCUGGAUACAUCGCUGAACACCUUCAUCCGCAACCAUGCACAUCUGAAGGGUACGAAAUUUAUGUGCCGGGAGGGUGGAUGUGGUGCGUGCGUUGUCACCCUGUCCGGAUAUCAUCCAGUCACGCGCGAACGUCGAUCUUGGGCAGCUAAUUCGUGUUUGGUAAUGGUGUACUCCUGUGACGGCAUGGACAUACUCACCAUCGAAGGAAUCGGCGGUCAUAAAAGAAACUCCUAUCAUCCAAUUCAACGUCGUUUGGCGGAAUACGGUGGGUCCCAGUGUGGUUAUUGCUCACCGGGCAUGGUGAUGAGUAUGUACAGUUUGCUAGCGUCCCGGAAGCGUGACCAACCGGAUGUCGACGCGACGGUAGAACCGGCUCUGACUGCCGCUCAAAUAGAACAAGCAUUCGAUGGAAAUAUCUGUCGCUGUACCGGUUACCGCCCGAUACUGGAUGCGUUUAAAUCGUUCGCACAUGAUCAGGAACAAGAGCCUCCUAUUGUGGACAUUGAAGAUCUGGUUUGUUUCACCCCCAAGGCUGCAGUUGCCGGGAAGGGGCAUUCUACGUCACGCCGUCUCACAUUUGCCGAUGGACGAAAGUGGUAUAAGGUGACGACACUCUCGGACACCUUCGAUGUGCUGCAUACGAUCGCCAACAGUGAACCGUACACAUUCGUCGCAGGAAACACGGCCCAUGGAGUAUAUAGACGAUCCAAUCGCUUGAAGGUGUUCAUAGACAUCAGUACGAUUGAGGAACUGCACCGGCAUAUGUUCGACCGUGAACUCAUCAUCGGGGUUGGCGUUACUCUGACCGAGUUUAUUGACCUGCUAGAGCGAACUGCUGAAGAGCAUCUUAGCUUUACGUACUGUAUGCCGCUGGCUAAGCACGUGAGAAAGAUGGCUAAUCUUCCGGUGCGAAAUGUCGGAACAAUUGGAGGAAAUUUGAUGCUCAAACAUCAACAUCCCGAGUUUCCGUCGGAUUUGUUUUUACUGCUUGAAGCCGCAGGAGCAACACUAACAGUUGUGUCUUCCGUUGAGAGUGAUCUACUCAGCGUGUCACCGUCGGACUUUCUGAAGCUCAACAUGCACAAGAAAAUACUGACAACUGUUCGGCUUCCACCGCACGAUCACGUCAGCAACACGCUUCGGUCCUAUAAAAUAAUGCCCGUUGCACAGAACUCUCGGGCCUAUGUUAACGCCGCCUUCCUGUUGCAGCUUUGUCCCGAGCGGAAGCUCUGCACUGAAAUCACCAUCUGUUACGGUGGCAUUAAUCCUGCUUUCGUACACGCUCAGCAAACGGAGACAUUCCUUACCGGAAAACCGCUGUUCGACGAUAUCAUACUCGCACAGGCAUUGCGGAUCCUGGAACGUGAGCUAAAACCGGACUGUGUGCUUCCAGAUGCAUCUCCAACUUACCGAAAACAGCUAGCCUUAUCACUGCUGUAUCGCUUUGCGCUCAGUGUACAUCCUGCCCUUGGUCGUGCGUUACGCAGCGGGACAGAACCGAUCGAGCGGCCACUCGUUUCUAGCGGUCGCCAAACGUACGACACAUACCAGAAGCGUUGGCCUCUCACCCAGGCCAUUCCAAAACUGGAGGGAUUAGCACAGUGUGCCGGUGAGGCAAUAUUCAUCAAUGAUAUGCCGGUGCUGCCUUUCGAACUGCACGGUGCUCUGGUACUUUCGAACGAAGUACAGGGACGCAUCGUGAAGAUAGAUGCGUCGGAAGCGUUAGCAUUGCCCGGUGUACGGGCGUUCUUUUGCGCACAGGACAUCCCGGGAUUCAAUAACUUCAUGCCACUUGAAAUGGGAUUUUCCGAGGUGGAGGAAAUUUUCUGCAGCGGUGAGAUACAAUUCGCUGGUCAGGUUGUGGGGAUGUUCUGUGCCGAUAGUUUCGAGCUGGCUAACCAGGCGGUGGAGAUGGUUCGUAUCGAGUACAAGCGAGCUGGUAACAGGAUCAUUCUACCAACCGUACAAGACGUGGUCGAUGCGCUUGACUACAGUCGCGUCAGUGAUCAACCGUACGAUAGACACGGUGUACGUUACCAUCUGUCUAAAGAAGGCUCGGCUACGAUCAGUGGACGGUUUGAUCUGCGUGGUCAGUAUCAUAACUCGCUCGAGACGCAAGUAUCCCUGUGCGUUCCUCACGCUGACUCGAUGGACGUGUACUGUGCGACCCAGUGGCUCGAUCACGUUCAGAUCGCUGUUUCCCAGGCACUGCAGGUCCGCGAAAGCACGCUCAAUCUUUCCGUCCGGCGUAUUGGUGGUGCGUAUGGUGCGAAACUGACACGAGCCACCCAAAUUGCGUGCGCUUGCGCGGUGGCAGCAUUCCGAACUGGAGCACCGGUGCGAAUGAUCCUGCCGCUCGAGACGGCAAUGGCGAGUUCCGGCAAGCGUUGCGGUAGUGUCAGCGAGUACGAGGUAUCCUUUGACGGUGCCGGACGUAUUAGUCGACUGUCGCACACCUUCAUACACGAUGGCGGUGCAGCGCUCAAUGUAAUGCUCGGCGGAAUGUCAAGCGAUCUGUUCAAGAACUGCUAUCGGACGGACUUUUGGAAGCUGCGCACGAAGAUUGCACGUACGGACACUACACCGAACACAUGGGCACGUGCACCCGGAACCUCAGAAGGCAUUGCGAUGGUGGAAAACAUUAUGGAGCACAUUGCGCACCGAACGGGGCUAGAUCCGAUAGACGUUCGGAUGGCAAACAUUUCGCGCGAGAAUAAAAUGCAUACGUUGCUUCCGCGCUUCCGGCGUCAGGUGGAGUAUGACGAACGUAAGCGUCAGAUUGAACACUUCAAUGAGGAAAACCGGUGGCGCAAGCGUGGACUCGCGGUCAUUCCGAUGCAGUACCCGUUGGAGCUGAACUCGAUGAAGAAUGCCGUGGUUUCGGUGUACACUGACGAUGGUACGGUAUCGAUCACACAUGGCGGAAUCGAGAUGGGUCAAGGUGUCAACACAAAGGUGGCACAAGUGGCGGCCCACCUGUUGGGUGUACCGAUAGAGAAGAUCGUAGUUCAGCCAACCGAUAGUCUGCUGAAUGCGAACUCGAACGCAUCCAUGCACACCCAGACAACGGACGGUAUUGCUUUCGCUGUUAAACGAUGCUGCGAGAUCCUGCUCGAACGUCUUCGACCCUAUCGGGCGCUACUACGGCGCACCAGCUGGGAGGACAUGGUGCGAAAUGCCAGCAUGGAUGAUGUGGAUCUACAAGUUUCGUUUUUCGCCACACCCAGCGAUAUGCGUACCUAUACCAUCUGGGGACUGGCCUGCGGUGAAAUCGAGCUUGAUGCUCUUACCGGACAGGUGCUAGUGCGGCGCGUAGACAUUCUAGAGGAUGUGGGCGAAAGCUUAAACCCCAGCAUCGAUGUGGGCCAGAUCGAGGGCGCAUUCGUGAUGGGGCUGGGAUACUAUCUGACCGAAGCGUUAGUUUACGAUCCCAAGAAUGGAGCACUGGUGAACAAUCGUACCUGGAACUAUAAGGUACCCGGCCAUCGAGAUAUUCCGGUAGACUUCCGUGUAUCGUUUUUGAGCAAGAGCUCCAACACGGGCGGUGUACUCCGUUCAAAGUCAACCGGUGAACCGGCACUCUCACUGAGUCCUGUGGUGAUUUAUGCUAUCCGGAACGCAUUGCGGGCGGCCCGCCGAGAUGCGGGGUUACCAGAUACCUGGUUGCAUAUGGGUAGCGGUAUGACACCGGAGAAAAUAUUUGCUCUGUUGGAGAGUUCCAUCGAACAGUACAAAUACGAAUGA